UGUCUAAAACCCUUCUAAAGCCCCCCCGCAGCUCACGCUCUUUAUUGGUCUAGGGUUUAGGGUUUAAACGAUCACUUGUCUCAAAACCCUAGAACGUGGUUGGUUGCUUAGAAAAAAUUUCAGGUAAAAAUGGCACGACCUUCCAAGAAACUUUCAAACAAGAAAUCUGAGCAGAAAUUCCAGAAGCCAUCUAAGAAAUCAUUCAAGCCCACAAGUAAAACAGACGAAACACAAGUAUUGGCUAUGCAACUCCAAGACGACGUCCCUGACUUCCCCAGAGCCACUGCCAGAGGUGGUGGAAGAAGUUCACUUGGGAAAGAAGUCGAUGAAGUUGAUUGCGAUGAUGUUGAUAUGGAGUUUGAAUCAGGAAAGAGGGAGUUGAAUAAUAAUUAUUAUAAGAAUAAGAAUAAAAGGCUACAAAAGCGAAAUCAUUCAGCAGAAGAGGAUGAUUUGGGUUCUCUUUUUGGUGAUGGCAUUUCUGGAAAACUACCUAGGUUUGCCAAUAAGAUCACCUUGAAGAAUAUUUCUCCUGGAAUGAAGCUUUGGGGAGUCAUUGCUGAAGUAAAUGAGAAAGAUAUCGUAAUUAGUCUUCCAAGGGGCUUGCGUGGAUUAGUUCGUGCAAGUGAAGCAUUUGAUCCUAUUUCAGAUAAUAAAGUGAAGGAUGUGGAGACUAAUUUUCUUUCUAGCAUUUAUCAUGUUGGGCAACUGGUUUCUUGCAUUGUACUGCAAUUGGGUGACGAUAAGAAAGAGAAGGGGAAACGAAAGAUCUGGCUUUCUUUGCGUCUUGCUUUGUUGCAUAAGACCUUAACCUUGGAUGUUAUUCGAGAAGGAAUGGUUAUCACUGCAUAUGUGAAGAGCAUUGAAGACCACGGCUAUAUACUUCAUUUUGGAUUGCCUUCAUUUACUGGGUUUAUGUCGAAAAACAGUCAAGCUGAAAGCAGGGAAAUUAGGGUCAAUAUUGGACAACUUUUACAAGGGGUUGUCAAAAGCGUCGACAAAACUCGUAAAGUAGUUUAUCUGAGUUCUGACCCUGAUGUGGUGUCUAAAUGUGUGACCAAGGAGCUUAAAGGCAUUUCAAUUGAUCUUCUCAUUCCGGGCAUGAUGGUUAAUGCACGUGUACAAUCAACCCUUGAAAACGGAAUCAUGUUAUCAUUCCUUACGUACUUUACGGGAACUGUUGACAUAUUUCACUUGCAAAAAGCAUUCCCUACUUCAAAUUGGAAAGAUGAUUACAAUCAAAAUAAGAAGGUCAAUGCUCGGAUAUUAUUCAUUGAUCCCUUCACUAGAGCUGUUGGUUUGACUCUGAAUCCUCACCUUGUCCAUAACAAGGCUCCACCUUUUCUUGUUAAAACUGGAGAUAUCUUUGACCAUUCAAAAGUAAUCAGGGUGGAUAGAGGAUUCGGUCUUCUACUUGAGGUCCCUACUUCUCCAAUCCCAACUCCAGCAUAUGUCAGUGUAUCUGAUGUCGCUGACAAGGAUGUUAGGAAAUUGGAAAAAAACUUCAAGCAAGGGAGCCAUGUUCGUGCUCGGAUUCUUGGAUUUAGGCACUUGGAAGGGCUCGCUAUGGGUGUUUUAAAGAGUAGUGCCUUUGAAGGUUCAGUUUUCACUCACUCCGAUGUGAAGCCUGGCAUGGUGGUAAGAGCUAAAGUAACUGUUGUGGACAAUUUUGGGGCCAUUGUUCAAUUUCCCAGUGGUGUCAAGGCACUUUGUCCCCUUCGACAUAUGUCAGAGUUUGAAAUAGCAAAGCCUAGAAAAAAGUUUCAGGUUGGAGCUGAACUACAGUUCCGUGUGCUUGGAUGCAAGUCCAAGAGAAUCACUGUUACUCACAAGAAAACACUAUUGAAAUCAAAGCUUGGAAUUGUUAGUUCAUAUGCUGAUGCUACUGAAGGAUUAAUAACACAUGGAUGGAUAACCAAGAUCGAAAACCAUGGAUGCUUUGUGCGAUUUUACAAUGGAGUACAGGGAUUUGCCUCAAGAUCUGAGCUUGGUUUAGAACCUGGUGAUGACCCAACUUCGCUGUAUCAUGUUGAACAAGUUGUCAAAUGCAGAGUUACAAGUUCUGUUCCUGCUUCACGGCGCAUCAACCUGAGUUUUGUUAUUACACCUGCACGGGUUACUGAUGAUGAUGUGGCCAAGUUGGGCACUAUUGUUUCUGGAGUGGUUGAGCGAGUAACCCCUCAUGCAGCAAUAGUACGUGUCAAUGCAAAAGGUUACACCAAGGGUACAAUUUCUGCAGAACAUUUGUCAGAUCACCAAGGGCUUGUGGGUUUGAUGAAAUCUGUCUUGAAGCCAGGAUAUGAGUUUGAUCAACUAUUGGUUCUUGACGCUGAGAGCAACAAUUUAAUUCUCACUGCAAAGUAUUCACUUAUUAAAUCUGCUAAACAGCUUCCUGCAGAAGUUUCUCAAAUUUGUCCUCACUCAGUAAUCCAUGGGUAUGUGUGUAACUUGAUUGAAUCUGGUUGUUUUGUUCGAUAUAUUGAGCGUUUAACUGGUUUUGCUCCUAGAAGCAAGGCAACGGAUGACCGAAGAACUAAUCUUUCUGAAGCCUUCUACAUUGGGCAAUCUGUUCGCAGUUACAUACUUGAUGUUAGUAGCGAGACUGGCAGAGUAACAUUAUCUUUGAAGCAAUCAUUAUGCUCUUCGACGGAUGCAUCCUUUAUCCAAGAAUACUUUCUCUUGGAAGAAAAGAUUGCUAAGCUGCAGUUAUCUGACUCAAAAAGUCUUGGGUUAAAUUGGGUUGAAGAUUUUAGCAUUGGCAGUGUUGUUGAAGGAAAAGUUAGUGAUGUGAAAGAUUUUGGAGUUGUCGUCAGCUUUGAAAAGUAUGAUGAUGUUUUUGGUUUUGUUACGCACUAUCAGUUAGGUGGAAUUACUGUGGAAACUGGGUCCAUCGUUCGAGCUGUGGUUCUUGAUGUUGCCAAGAUUGAACACCUUGUGGAUUUGUCUUUAAGGGCAGCAUUUGUUGAUAUAUUGAGAGAAGAAACUUCUAAAGUUGAUAUUAACAAGAAGAAACGCAAAAAGGAAUCACACAAAGAACUGGAGGUACAUCAAACUGUUGAUGCCAUGGUGGAGAUUGUGAAAGAUACUUACUUGGUUCUGUCAAUACCACAAUAUAACUUUGCUGUUGGAUAUGCCUCACUGACCGACUACAACACACAAAAGUUCCCUCCCAGACAAUAUGUUAAUGGUCAAAGUGUCAUUGCCACCAUCAUGGCUUUGCCAAGCCCUGCAACAGCUGGGAGGUUGCUGUUGCUACUUAAAUCUGUAAGUGAGGUUACAGAGACUUCUAGUUCAAAAAGAGCAAAAAAGAAGUCUGGCUAUGAUGUGGGAGCUGUUGUUCAGGCAGAGAUUACUGAAAUAAAGACUUUGGAACUGAAAUUGAAAUUUGGAUCUGGUUUCCAUGGGAGGGUACAUAUCACAGAGGCAAAUGAUGAUAAUGCUGUCGAAAAUCCCUUUAAAGACUUCAGAAUUGGACAAACACUGACCGCAGUAAUUGUUUCAAAGACCAAUAAAUCAGAAAAUAAUAGGAAAAACUAUCAGUGGGAAUUGUCUAUCAGACCUUCACUCGUUACAGGUUCUACAGAAAUGGGAGGCAAGCUUGGCAAUGAAGAUUUCAGUUACUCAAUUGGGCAACAUGUAACUGGAUUUGUCUAUAAAUUGGAUAGUGAAUGGAUCUGGUUAACAAUAUCUCGACAUGUGAAGGCUCAGCUCUACAUUCUUGACAGUUCACAUGAACCUACUGAACUUCAGGAAUUCCAGAAGCGCUAUACUGUGGGGAAAGCAAUAUCUGGUUAUAUUUUAAGUGCUAAUAAGGAGAAAAAGCUGUUACGUUUCGUGCUGCGUCCAAUUUAUUCUGCUCCUGAUAGAACACUUGGUUGUGAAACUAUUAAGAUAGAUGACACAAGCAAUCACUUGAAUGGGAAUGUAUCAUACCAUAUUCACGAAGGUGAUGUUGUGGGCGGCAGGAUUUCCAAAAUUCUUCCUGGUGUGGGUGGAAUGCUCAUCAAAAUAGAUCCACACCAUUAUGGAAAGGUCCAUUUUACUGAAUUGACGAACUUAUGGGUUUCUGACCCAUUGUCUGGAUAUCAUGAGGGACAAUUUGUCAAAUGCAAAGUCCUAGAAAUCAGCCAUUCAGUUAAGGGAACUUUCCAGGUUGAUUUGUCAUUACGCACAACUUCAGAUGGCAUUCAUUCUCAGAAGUCUACUACUGUCAACAACAGUGAACUCAACAACACUGUAUAUUUUGCAAGCCGUGUAGAAAGUAUAGAGGAUCUUCAUCCUAAGAUGAAUGUGCAGGGCUAUGUUAAGAACAUCACACCAAAGGGAUGCUUCAUUAUGCUUUCUCGGAAGCUCGAUGCGAAAAUCCUUCUCUCAAACUUGUCCGAUGGCUAUGUUGAAAAUCUCGAAAAAGAAUUCCCUAUUGGGAAACUUGUUGUUGGCAAGGUGGCAUCUGUGGAGCCUUUGUCUAAGCGAGUUGAAGUCACCCUUAGGACAUCAAAUGCAAGCAAAACACAAAAAAGUGACAGAAAUGGUUUAAAUAGUCUCCAUGUUGGAGAUAUUGUUUCUGGCCAGAUUAAGCGCAUUGAAUCAUACGGUUUGUUUAUCACAAUUGAUCAUACAAACACAGUUGGAUUAUGCCAUAUUUCCGAGCUUUCUGAUGAUCAUGUUGACAAUAUUGAAACUAAAUACAGAGCAGGGGAGAGAGUUACAUCAAAGGUUUUGAAGGUGGAUGAGGAUAGACAACGAGUUUCUCUUGGGAUGAAGAAUUCAUAUUUUAUGAGCAAUUUUGACAUUCAAGCUCCUUCAAAGCAGAAGUAUGAUGAUGCCAUUGAGGAAAAAGAUCACAUGGUGGGUACUCAGUUAACAAUGUUGCCAGAUAGAGGCUCAUUGGGGAUGCAGAAUUUGGACUUUGAAUGUGAAAAUGGGCAGCAUCUUCUUCUUGCUGAAGUGGAAGCGAGGGCUUCUAUUCUUCCACUUGAGGUCCCUCUCGAUGAUAUAGAGAAAUCAGACAUGGUUAAUGCUGCUUGUCAAAAUAUAGAGCACGUUGAUGAUGCUGAUGCUGAUGCUGUAGAUCAAAAGAAUAAAAGCCAGGCAAAGAAGAAAGCCAAUGAAGAGAGAAUGGAAAUUGUUCUGCUCAGGGAACGAGAAAUUAGGGCUGCUGAAGAAAGGCUAUUAGAGAAAGAUAUUCCAAGAAGUGCUGAUGAAUUUGAGAAAGUGGUUAGAAUUUCCCCAAAUAGCAGCUUUGUCUGGAUAAAGUACAUGGCAUUUAUGCUUUCUUUGGCUGAUGUUGAGAAAGCCCGCUCAAUUGCUGAGAGGGCUUUGAAGACAAUAAACAUCCGAGAAGAAUCUGAAAAGUUGAAUGUAUGGGUGGCUUAUUUUAAUUUAGAGAAUGAAUAUGGAUAUCCUCCAGAGGACGCCGUUUCAAAAAUAUUUGGAAGAGCAUUGCAGUAUUGUGAUCCCAAAAAGGUGCAUCUGGCACUGUUGGGUAUGUAUGAAAGGACUGAGCAACACAAGUUGGUUGACGAGCUUCUCAACAAAAUGAGCAAGAAAUUCAAGCAUUCAUGCAAGGUUUGGUUAAGGCGGAUUCAGUGGAUUUUGAAUCAAAAUCAGGAUGAAGUUCAGUCUAUUGUAAAACGAGCUGUUGUAUGCCUUCCCCGGCAUAAGCACAUUAAGUUCCUCUCGCAAGCAGCUAUUCUAGAGUUCAAAUGUGGGGUUCCUGAUAGAGGGCGAUCCAUGUUUGAGGGAAUGCUUCGCGAGUACCCAAAGAGAACAGAUUUGUGGAGCAUUUAUCUUGAUCAAGAAAUUCGACUUGGUGAUGUGGAUGUGAUUCGUGCAUUAUUUGAGAGGGCAACAAGUUUGAGCCUUCCACCUAAAAGGAUGAAGUUCUUAUUCAAAAAGUAUUUGGAGUAUGAAAAGUCUGUAGGUGAUGAUGAAGAAAGGAUUGAAUCUGUUAAGAGGAAGGCGAUGGAAUAUGUUGAGGGGUAGUCUUGCUUGAUGAGGAUGAGGAUGAGGAUGAGGAUGAGGAUGAAGAUGAGGAUGAGGUUGUUUCGCAUAAUACAGUCCAAAGUAUUAUGACAUCUGCUCGUUCGCUCACCCACUCAAUAUUUGCAAUAGGAGGAUGAGCAGCAGCAGCAGCACGGACUGUUAGAAAUAGAUGGCAUAAAUAACUAAUAACCAUCCUCCUGUUUGUCUCAUGAUUGUGUAUGCUUUUUGUUUAAUUAAUUAUUCACUGAACGUCUUUGUUUUCUCUCUCUCUCUCUCUCUCUACAUUAAGGUUUCUUUUAUUUUUUAUUUUUGUUUCGGUGUCCUGAACAACACUUCAUAUAUAUAUAUACACUAGUGGGUGAGUGUCACCCAAUAAAUGUCAUAUUAAAUCUA